CUGCGGUGGGUGCCGCUGCCGAGCGCACCAUGCGGGCUGUCAUCGCCUUGGCCGCGGCGCUGGGCAGCCUGCUGCUGGGCGGCUGUCUCCUGCGCCUCGGCGGCCAGCAGCCCCUCCGCGCCAGGGGCUGGCAGGAGGAGGAGGCAGGAGUAGCUGCUGUCACGCCGAAAGUGGUGCAAGCCCUCAGGUCCCCCCUGACGCCCCUUCCUCAGACCGAGAACAGGUACGAGCUGCCCUCCCGCAGAACAACUGCUAAUAAAAAUGGAAUUUACCAGUUUGAACAGGCUUCAAAAUGUAAGGCAAUUCAGGACAACAUUUUGUCAUCAUCUAUCAAGAAGAAAAGAUACUCAGAAGAUUAUUAUCUUCACAUAGUUACAAAACUGCAGAACUGCACCUGGAUAAGGAGACCAGAAGAAUCUACAAAAUUCAGGUCAGAAUUAGCUUCCUGCUGUGAUGCAAUUCACAAUUUUAUUGCUUCUCAAAACAACAGCCCACUGGGAAGUAACAUGAGUUAUGAAGUGGACAGUAAAAAGACCAUCCUCAUUACAGAGGACAUUUUUAAGAUGCUGCCUGUGUCCUCGCCUCUUUCAGUCUAUCCCUUCAAGACCUGUGCUGUGGUUGGAAAUGGAGGCAUUCUGAAAAAUUCCAGCUGCGGAGCUGAAAUAGAUAGUUCUGACUUUGUGUUCAGGUGUAACCUUCCUCCAACCACGGGAAGCAUUAGCAAAGAUGUUGGCAAUAAAACAAACCUCGUGACUGUUAAUCCAAGUAUCAUAGCUCAGAAAUACAACAAGCUAAAUGAAAAGAAGACAGAAUUUCUGGAAAACAUUGCCGUCUAUGGAGAUGCUUUUCUUUUAUUGCCAGCAUUUUCCUUCAGAAGCAACACAGCCACUUCUUUUAAAGUAUAUCACACUCUGAAAGAGUUCAAAGCAACCCAAAGGGCAAUAUUUUUUCAUCCCGCUUAUCUGAAAAGUCUUGCCCAGUUCUGGAGAACUAAGGGUGUGAAAGCCUACCGGUUAUCAUCUGGUUUUAUGAUCACUAGUGCUGCUCUUGAGCUAUGUGAGAAUGUGAAGCUCUAUGGCUUCUGGCCUUUUUCAAAAUCCACAGAGAAGAUGCCAAUCAGCCACCACUAUUACGACAACCAACUGCCUAAACCGGGCUUCCAUGCAAUGCCCAAAGAAUACAACCAGAUCCUUCAGCUUCAUGGCAAAGGCAUUUUGAAGUUGCAGUUUGGUAAAUGUGAAUCAGACUAAAAAGGGUGAUGAUCCUAAGGAAGACAAUUUCUGUGUAUCUCAGCAGUUCUGUGUUGGAUUUGAUCUGAUGUGAUUUUGUGAGCAUUAAACUGCAUUAUUACAAUAGAGAAAUAUUUUACACUUGGAGAGAAAAGGUGGUGAUUUUUUCACACAGUGACUGCUACAUUUAUGAAUUUUGAGUAAUCAUUUUUAAAAUACAAAGUAAUGAUUAUUUGGAAAAUUCUGAAACUCGUGGCUAUUGGUUUAAUUGUAGCAAAGCACAAUCUCAGGAUGGUGGCAACAUGUGACAUUCAUCAUGUUUUGCUUCUUAAAGGAUCAUUAAAAUAUUUUGAUAUAAGAUCUCUGCUUUUGUUGGUGGCUGCAUGAGUUGGCAGUGAACAUUUUCAAUUAAGAACUUGAUCCUGUAAAUACUGACAUUUGUCUAAUGCAAAAAGUGAUGAGAAGAGCUACAAAAGAGUAAUUAAUUCAGAGCCAUGUCAUUCUUAGCUUGUCCAAGGCUUCACAGAUGAUAAAAUCCCUCAGGUUAGAGAUAGUCAAGUGGUUUAUGGGCUUUCAUUUUGUGGGCAAUAGGUAAUGCUAUGGAUUUAAUGGGCUUUCCUUUUGUGAGCAAUAAAUGAUGCUGUGGAUUUAAUAGGAUCACUGAUGUGAGUGAUGUUAAUUUCGGGAGCACAUGUAUGAAGGACCAGAGCUGUACAGUUAUUUAUAAACCAUUCUUCUUGCUUGUGUUCCUGUCUAAGGUCCAGUUCAGCUCCAAAUGAGGACAGUGAACUAGGUUUUAUGCUACAACCCCCAGAGUCCUGGUAGGGCAUGACUUUGCACAUAUUCCUGCCAUCCCAGCUGUGUGUCUUGGCUGAUACAUGAGAUGGAAUUUUCAUUAGAAAGAUGAUAGGUACCAAACCUUUAAUUUCUUCUGUUUCUUUUCACCUAGUAUAGCUCUUAUCAAUAUGUGACUACAGAUAAGGAAACUGCAGUAAGCAUUAUAAGAAGAAUGUUCCUCUUACAAUCAACCCCAAGCUCUUCUCCUAUACCAGGGCAUAUGAGAAAAGUGACUACAUUCACUUAAUUUAUAACCUAUGAAGUUCUUGAGCUUUCAGUUUUCCAUAUGGUCCAAGGAUACAUGUGGAGCAACAUCCUGCAACGAAAGAAAGUGAAUCACAUUAACGUUUGCAGGAGCUGUGACAAGCAGUUGUGCCCUAGCUAUGGCUGCUUCUGUGUUACUGUUUAUAUGCUUGUAUGUUCUACUGCAGGAAAAAGAAAAACAACAACCAACCAAGCAAACAAAACAAAAAAAAUGUAAUAACCAGAUUCUGUUAUAGGAAGAGUUUCACUGACUUUUUUUGAGUGUCCUUUGAAUGCUCAGUUCAAAGAUUGUGUCCUUCUCCUCCUUUUACAGCCAGAUACUGUCAGGUAUUUUAUUUACUAAAACUCCUUUUGCUAGUGCAGCAUUAAAAUCCAAAUCAAUUGAUUUAAAGAGCUUUCAGUAUUCCACUCCUUGAGGAUUAUAUCUGCAAAAUUAUUCCCACUUAAAUGAAUUGAACUUUAUAAAAUAAGGUUCAAAAAAUCCUUUUGAAUUGAUAGUUCAUAAGAGCAUUACUUUGGUGUUGUAAUAUUUGGAAGCUUACCUUGCAGCAGUUUUAUAAACACGUAAACACUCCCAAAAGUAUUAGAAUCAAUCAUUAUGGUUACAGGUCUGCUGGUUGAGACACAUUCAGCAUCUGGAUCCAUUUCCACAAUAAUGGUAUCAGAAGCCUGUACUACUCCUACUCCAGCAGAAGUGUCCAUAAAUCCUGGUUGCAAAUAUCAGCAGUAAAGUCAAUUUCC